AUGGCACUCAGACACCUAAUCAUUAUGCUCCCUUUGUUGUUUGCAUCUUGUGCGGGUGGUGCCGAUGCCAGGAAAGGUUACCUUUGUCCGGGUGGUGGCAACGUUGGGAAAGGGUGCCCUUGUCCGGGUGGGUGUCCUUGUCCGGGUGCUGCCGAUGGUGAGAAAGGGUGCCCUUGUCAGGGUGGUGACAAUGGUGGGAAAGGUUGCCCCUGUCCGGGUGGUCCGGGUGGUGCCGAUGGUGGAAAAGGGUGCCAUUGUCCGAAUGGGUGUCCUUGUCCAGCUGCUGCCGAUGGUGGGAAAGAAUGCCCUUGUCCAGGUGGUGGCGACGGUGGGAAAGGGUGCCAUUGUCCGGAUGGGUGUUCUUGUCCGGCUGCUACCGACGGUGCUAAAAAAUGCCCUUGUUUGGGUGGUGGUGAUGGUGGGAAAGGGUGCCAUUGUCCGGAUGGGUGUUCUUGUCCGGCUGCUACCGAUGGUGGAAAAGAGUGCCCUUGUCCGGGUGGUGCCGACCGUGGGAAAGGGUGCCAUUGUCCGGAUGGGUGUUCUUGUCCGGCUGCUACCGACGGUGCUAAAGAAUGCCCUUGUCCGGGUGGUGGUGAUGGUGGGAAAGGGUGCCAUUGUCCGGAUGGGUGUUCUUGUCCGGCUGCUACCGAGGGUGCUAAAGAAUGCCCUUGUCCGGGUGGUGGUGACGGUGGGAAAGGGUGCCAUUGUCCGGAUGGGUGUUCUUGUCCGGCUGCUACCGAGGGUGCUAAAGAAUGCCCUUGUCCGGGUGGUGGUGACGGUGGGAAAGGGUGCCAUUGUCCGGAUGGGUGUUCUUGUCCGGCUGCUACCGACGGUGCUAAAGAAUGCCCUUGUCCGGGUGGUGGUGAUGGUGGGAAAGGGUGCCAUUGUCCGGAUGGGUGUUCUUGUCCGGCUGCUACCGAUGGUGCUAAAGAAUGCCCUUGUCCGGGUGGUGGUGACGGUGGGAAAGGGUGCCAUUGUCCGGAUGGGUGUUCUUGUCCGGCUGCUACCGACGGUGCUAAAGAAUGCCCUUGUCCGGGUGGUGGUGAUGGUGGGAAAGGGUGCCAUUGUCCGGAUGGGUGUUCUUGUCCGGCUGCUACCGAUGGUGCUAAAGAAUGCCCUUGUCCGGGUGGUGGUGACGGUGGGAAAGGGUGCCAUUGUCCGGAUGGGUGUUCUUGUCCGGCUGCUACCGAUGGUGGGAAAGAGUGCCCUUGUUCGGGUGGUGCCGACGGUGGGAAAGGUUGCCCUUGUGCCGGUGGUGCCAACGGCGGGAAAGGGUGCCCUUGUGCCGGUGGUGCCGAAGGUGGGAAAGGAUGCCCUUGUGCGGGUGGUGCCGACGGAGGGAAAGGGUGCCCUUGUGCGGGUGGUGCCGCCGGCGGGAAAGGAUGCCCUUGUGCGGGUGGUGCGGACAACGUGAAAGGGUGCCCUUGUGCGGGAGGUGCCGACGGCGGGAAAGGAUGCCCUUGUGCGGGUGGUGCCGACGGCGGGAAAGGAUGCCCUUGUGCGGGUUGUGCCGACGGCGGGAAAGGAUGCCCUUGUGCGGGUGGUGCCGACGGCGGGAAAGGAUGCCCUUGUGCGGGUGGUGCUGAUGGCGUGAAAGACAAGAAACAAGAUGUUACAGAAAAAGGGAACAUCAAAAGUUGA